AUGAUUAACAUUGAUGAGUUCGAGACUGAAAAAGGACUUAACAAGAUUGGCACUUUACAACGAGCUGGAGAUACUCAUUGGAGUUCUCACUUCAAGCCAGUUUCAAGCUUAAUAAAAAUAUUCAGUCCAAUAUGUGAAGUUCUUCUUAACAUCAUUAACGAAGGAACGACUUCUACCCAACGAGGAGAUGCAGACUCAGCUUAUAAAACAUUGACUUCAUUUGAAUUUGUCUUUAUUUUGCAUCUCAUGAAAGAAAUGUUGGAGAUCACUGAUUUACUUUGUCAAGCUUUACAAUACCAAUCUCAAGACAUCUUAAAUGCUAUGAAUCUAGUUUCAUCUACCAAGGCACUUCUACAAAAGGUUAGAGAUGACAAAUGGGAUGCUUUACUAGCCAAUGUGAAAUCAUUUUGCGAGGUAUGUAACAUAGAUGUCCCGAAUAUGAAUGCUCCUUAUAUUAGGAGAAGAGGUCGAGCUCGUGAUCAUCAAGAUGACUUUACAGUUGAGCAUUAUUAUCGAGUAGAUAUUUUUUAUGCUGCAAUAGAUUCUCAACUACAAGAAUUAACUGGACGGUUUAGUGAACAUGCAGUAGAGUUGCUUAAUCUUAGCUCAGCUCUGGUGUAA